CUAUAUAUUACCACCGAAUGAUCCAUCCUACAAUCAGAUCCAGCACCAUCAGCUAAGUAGGCGUUUUCAAAAUGUCCCAAGACAUCCAGCCGGCCACGCCUGAAGUGUCACUCGAUGAAACUGCCAAACAUGGAAGAUCAAAGCAGGGAAUGAAGAUCUAUUGGCCAUGCAACGAAAAAGACAAUUCCACUAUCGACAUCAUUGCAGUCCCCGGUCUGGGAGCCAAUCCGGAGGCAAGCUUCACCUGGAACGACGAGACAUCAAAGAAUCGUGGCUUCAACUGGCUCGAGGAUGAAAAGGGCCUCCACCAAGAUCUCCGUACCGCACGCAUCGUCUUAUUUGAGUAUCCAUCUGCGUACACUGGUCCACGCGCAGUCAAAGUGACCAUCUACGAUCUCGGCAACGCUCUCCUCGAUUUCAUCCGAGGCAUACGUCGAGAUGUCAAGCGGCCUCUGAUACUCAUCGGGCACAGUAUGGGCGGUCUCGUCAUUGCCAAGGCUCUAGACCUAUCGUAUUCAAAGCGCAAGGACUUCCCUUAUCUUUUCGAAUCUUGCACAGCAUGUCUUUUUUUUGGCACACCGUUUCAUGGUGUUGAUCUGAAGACUGCGAGGAUGAUGGCUUCGCGCAAAUACGGCGUGGAUGCACCGGUCUACAAAGCAUUGCCCGAGUUUCUAAAGGAAGGCAGUGAUGCCCUCGGCGAGUUGAGAUCCAAACUCAGAGAGCACCAAACCCGCACGCUACAGCCGAUGAUGGAUUUCCACUGCUACUUCGAGCUGGACAAAGAUGUUGCCAAAGAUGUCGUAUAUGUUGACAAAAGCUCGGCAACACUCGAUGAUGUUGACAGCUCGCAGCUCAGCCGCACUCACGCCAAUCUUGUGAGAUUUGACGGGCCGUCAGAUCCGCAAUAUGAACAACUGGUCGGACAACACAUUCUGAACUUUGCGAAACGUGCAGAGAAAAACGUCAAAGCGAGGCUUAAGCACUCAAGCACCUUAUACAUCGACCCGGAGAAGGUAAAGGCGAUUGAGGAGUUACUUGACGGUGAAUCCAUGGCAACAAAGAGGAAGAAGAAGAUGACGAAGACGGGCGCAGAGAAGGACGUCUUUAUCAAGGAACCUGCUUUUCAAGCAUGGAUUCGCGGUAUUGGCGUCCAAACGCCAUACUUGUUUGUCAAGGGUGAGGAGGGAAGGGGCAAAACCCAGACGACGCUGACGGUACUCCAUGAAAUCGACAAACGCCGCGAUGAAGCAAAUAAUAGUAAUGUACCUAACAUAUUUAGCGCGUUCUACCUUUGUGAUCCAGCGGAGAACAACUCCGCCGAAGAGCUCCUCAAGUCUCUGUUGCUGCAGCUCAUCAGACAAGAUGAUACGCUAGCAGUGCACGCGAAGAAGUUCUUACCAUCGGACAAGCAGGAGGACAUGAUACGCAAAGGUCCAAAUCCAAGUCUCCACCUGGAGAACCUUUGGCAAUGUCUGCUCGAUAUGCUGGCCGACGAUUUCACACUUCGCAAGAUCUACAUCAUUGUCAAUAAUGCCCAUCAUCUAGCAUUCUCUGAGCAGGCUCAAGCGACGAACUCCAGGUUUUUUGACUUGCUCAAUAGAGAUAUCCUCUCGACCGAUGAUCACCGAUUACAUCAGCACCGAUGGAUGUUUACCAGCAGGGAAUAUGGUCAUUUCAAGCUCGGUUUUGAAUCUUUCGUAUCGUCGUCUCAGCAGUCGCAAAUUUCCGUCUCCGAUAUCAUUCAGAACCCAUCCGUCCCUGCGAUGAUCGACCUGAACGAUGCUAAAUACUGGUCCGAGAUCAAACUAGGCAUCCAAAACCAUGCCAAUGAGCGAGUGGAGAACCUGCAGAUGAUCAAGAAGUUCGGACUUGCCAUGCCCUAUUGGGCGAAGAGUAUCAUCGGUAACAAAGCGCCCGACAUGCGAUGGGUUGAUGUGGUUUGCAUGCACCUAGAAGCGCUUCCAGAAACAGCGACUGAUACCAAGGUCCGUAAAACGCUUGAGCGCCUUGAGCGUGACUUCAACGUCCUGCUUCGUGGACUAUGGAAUGCCGUUUUGACACGAAGCACCCCGGAUCCGGAUGAUAUCAACGAGAUGCUGCGCGCUUUGGUGUUGACAUACGAUGACCCGUCGGAAAACGAGUUACUUGUGUUGUGUAACCUCUGCGGAAAACGGAACUACCUCCGUCAGCUAGUCACUAGCUGCAAGCCUCUGUUGACAGUCGGUAAACGACACGACGGAGAGUUCGUCAUCUCUUUCGCGAACCGUGAUGUCAAAGAUCACCUCAGACGAGAAGCAAAGGAGAUUUUGAAAUUGAACGAAGAUGAGACUUUGAGGCAACAGAUGCUGCUUGCUUGGCGUUGCUUCAGUCAUCUAUCAGACUAUUUGUCACAACGAUCAGACGAUGAGCAUGAGCAAGAGCAGAGCAAGGAGCUCGGAAUGGACGAAGACACCCCCUUUUAUGAUUUCGAGUACGGUAGUCCAGAGUCUGCGAGCGAUUGGGGCGACACCGAUACGCCGAGACCGACGCAUGUCUGCGAUGUUUGCGACCAGUGGAUUGAAGGCACUCGAUUUCAUUGUUUGGAGUGCCAGGAUUAUGACCUGUGCGAAAAUUGUCAUGCGAAAGGCUUUCAGGAGAACGUGACAGGACACCAAGCCUCACACGCUAUGCAGGACGUACUUCUGCGGCAAGAGGAUGUGUCGGAAACGGCCGACAAUGCGGGAGAAGCAUCACCUACAACGGGGGUCGUUUCGAAUCCACAAUACAACACCAGGCUGGAAAAAAACGCGCAGGGGCAAGAGACUAUCUCAGUCAAUCAACCAGGCCUACAUUACGCCGUGCGCUUUUGGCUCAGACAUGGCCGUGAAGCAGGGGAAGACUUUGCUCUCCAGCUGAGUCAGCUUUCUAGAUUCACCGAGCCCGGCUCCAACUUCAUAUCGGAGUGGCUCUAUCUAUACGACAGGAUGCUUGAGGACAAAGACUCUGAGUUUCAUACGAUCGGCACCUUGUACAUGAAUUUGGGCUUGGCACAGAAUGAGCGUUCUGCUGUGCUGACUGGUCCAGGAGAAGCUCACGAAGGCGAAAGACAAGCGGGGGAAGUGGAAGAAGUAGAGGUUGAAGCAAUUGGGGGGCAAGCAACUGAAUCUCAGGAAGUAGAGGAUCAAGGAGCGGAAGAUCGAGUUGCCGAACAGCAAGAAGCAGGGGACCAGGAGACAGGGGAUCAGGUUUCGGAACAGCAGGAAGCAGAAGAUCAGAAGAAAGAGCGCGAGCGGGCUGAGCGUGACGCAGACGUUCGUAGUUUCCUUCACCUGAUUCGGCCAAUUCAUGUGGCUGCCGCGUUUGGGUACACGCAUCUGUUGAGAGCCCUUACCCAGGGUCGAGGUCUAGCCGGUGCUGAAGACCAAGUACAGGGGUUCACUGCACUGCAUUUUGCCGCCUCCAACGGUCAUGUCGAUGCGAUUGAGUGUCUUCUCGGCUUGGGCUUGGACAUCGAUGCCGGGGAUGGUUCUGUGGGGACCGCCUUGCACGUGGCAUCCAUGCGUAGUGCGGCGCCUGCCAUGAAAUGCUUACUGUCCAGGGCCAGGCCAGCAGAUGCGAAUGCCACAAUGCUCAAGGCUGGCCCCGUGCUCAGCACUGCGAUAUUUGCUGGCAAUGUCGAGGGGGUCAAGCUGCUCAUCGAGAAGGGUGCAGAGUUGCACAAUGGGAGCGAUGACCUCCCUCAAUCACUCUCUCUCGCAGCGAUGUCAACGGGGGAGCUAUUUGAUGCUGUGAUGGACGCCGGGCAGGGCAAGUGGACAGACGCCGACUUGGGAGAUGCGCUGUACUACGCUGCCGGUUCCGGGAAUGCCGUCACGAUCUCCACCCUUCUCCAGACCCAGAGCGAUAUGCCGGCUGAGGUCGAGGAUGAGGUUAUGAGGGAUGAGGAGACUCCGGCAUCACAACCGCAGAUCAGCUUGGUCGAUUACCAGCGCUCACUGGACACAGCAGCCGAGGAGGAAGAAUGGACCGUGGUGAUGAUGCUUCUUGACCAUUGUGCUGGUGUGAGACUGGACUACUCGUACGCGUUCCGGCAGACUAUACGCCCUGUCCUCUUUGAGGAACGUUUCCACCAGACAGGUGUCCUCGACAAAUUGUGGCGCCUAGGACAGGAGUCUUUCACGCCGGAGCUGAUAAAUACUUGCCUCUAUUGCGCUGCCGAUUAUCAGCGACCACUCGCGGUGAAAUUCCUGCUGGAAACCUGUGGUGCCGACCCAGAGUCGCAAGGUGCAGAAUGGGGCAAUGCAUUGACUGCGGCGGCCAAUGAUGGGGAGCAGCUCAUCGUCGACACCUUGCUGGAAUACGUAGAAGUUCACGGACACGACGUCAAGACAGCCAUCGACUCUCCACACGGUUUCGCACUCGAAGCCGCCGCGAGAGCCGGAAAGUUGGAGAUUGUAAAAUCGUUGGUCGAGCGAGGAGGCGACGUCAAUCUGAUUUCAGGUGAAUUUCAAGAGCCUACCGUAGGCGCAUAUCAUGCACCCAGCACCCCUUUGAUCGCAGCGUGUUCGCAAGGCGAGCUCGAUGUCGCGAAAUAUCUGCUGGAGCAUGGGGCUCGAUAUGAUUCCGGUGCGGGCCCGUACCAGUUCCCACUUAUCGCAGCCACGGAAGAGCAAAGUGGUCCUGUCGUUGAUCUUCUGCUUCAGCAAUCUGAUAUCAAUGUGAAUGUUCGCGGAGGUGGCGGGGGCUCCACUCCGCUGAUUCACGCAGCCCGUACCUUGCCCGUCUUCUACAUCGAGGCCCUCGUGGAAAGAGGUGCCGAUGUCAAUGCGGUAAAUGAGGAUGGGGACACUGCGCUGAUUGUCGCGGCACGAUUUGACGACCUUCCAUCAGUGGAGUACCUGUGCGAUCAUGGGGCAGACUUUAUGCAUUUCAACAAAGCCGGAGAGAAUGCCAUCACGGUCUCUAUCGCCGAGGACCACGACGAAUGCACCGAAUACUUGAAUAGCAGGAUGUUGAACGUUUUGCGCGGAUUGAAAUCAGCCGCGGAUGCUGGCAACACAUUUGCGCAGAACUUGAUCAGAGACCCCACUUCGGCACAAAGCAAGUUCGAGGCGCAUGAUGCGAACAACGCAGGUGCCGAGCGCGAGCUUCCCGAUCCCGACGAGCACGAACUCGAAGCGGAAGUGUCUCGGUUGCAGACAGAGCUCGAACAUGCCGUCGAGAGGCUUCGGCGGAGCCGUGGUCAACGUGCAAAUCCGAUCGGAAAGGUCGCGACAGGCGCGAAGAAACUCCGCAGUUUAUUCUCGUCGAUGACGCUGGGUGGGAAUGAUCGUAAUCGUCAUACGAGCACGGCUGGAGCCAUCACGGAUGACCAUCAUGGGAGCGAGAGCAGCAUGCGACAUACUGGAGUCGACGACGACGACGACGACGACGACGGCGCUGCUGCUGCUAGUGACGAAGACGACGAUGAUGACGAUGGUGAUGAUAAUGAUGUCGAAACAGAUGUCAGUGGUGGAGAGCAGGACGAGAGUACUCAAAUGAGCCCCGAUAAAAGUGAUUUUGAUGAGGCUGGGGGCUUUGAGAGCGAGCAUUCAUUCGAUGACUAGCGAUUCGGCACUUACUCUGGAUGUAGUCAACGAGCAUGUCAUUAUAGACACGCUCAUCAUCGAGGACUAGCUGGAGACGACAUGGGAGACCGAAUGAGAUCGAAUGCAAGGUACAGUAGUCAUCGGGAAGGCAGCAUGCCCUUCCAUUUCGAUGUUAGUACGUUUGGAAAGAAUUCAAACCUGGAGGUGAGCAUGUAGUUCACUGCCACGAGAUACUGUAAUUUGCCACGGACG